UCGCCCCAAUUUUCGUAACGGUGGUAAACUAACAGGGUAAUAUCAAGAGUAAAUUACAUUCCGAGAUCUCAGUUCCCUUGCUUCCGCUGACAGCAGACGGAUCUCUCUCCCUGUCCGUCUCUCUCUGGUCUCUGCAACCAUGAUCUCCUCCAGCAAGAUCAAGUCCGUCGACUUUUACAGGAAAAUUCCCAGAGAUUUGACAGAGGCAUCAUUAUCAGGUGCAGGGCUAUCCAUUGUAGCGGCACUCUCCAUGGUGUUUUUAUUUGGAAUGGAAUUGAACAACUAUUUGACAGUUACCACAAGUACAUCUGUUGUUGUUGAUAAGAGUACGGAUGGGGAAUUCUUACUCAUCGAGUUUAAUGUAAGUUUCCCAGCACUUUCAUGUGAAUUUGCCUCAGUUGACGUGAGCGAUGUGCUGGGAACUAACAGGCUAAAUAUAACAAAAACAGUUAGAAAGUUUUCAAUAGAUCACAACUUAAAUCCAACUGGUUCUGAAUUUCACCGGGGACCAAUCCCAAAAGUUAAAAAUCAUGGAGAUGAAGUCGACGAAGUAUAUGGCGAAGAUUCUGUUGCACUAACUUCUGCUACUUUCGACAGAUAUGCUCAUGAAUACCCAGUUUUGGUAGUCAAUUUUUAUGCUCCUUGGUGUUAUUGGAGUAAUCGUUUGAAACCAUCAUGGGAGAAGGCAGCUAAAAUAAUUAGAGAAAGAUAUGAUCCUGAAAUGGAUGGACGAAUUAUCUUGGCCAAGGUUGAUUGCACUGAAGAGGGUGACUUAUGUAGGAGGAAUCAUAUCCAGGGAUAUCCAUCUAUCCGUAUUUUUCGGAAAGGAUCUGAUAUUAGGGAUAACCACGGACACCAUGACCACGAAUCUUAUUAUGGAGAACGCGACACUGAUAGUCUAGUCACGACAAUGGAAACCUUGGUUGCUCCUGUCCCCAUGGAAUUGCAUAAACAUGCAUCAGAGAAUAAUUCUACAGAUACCGCAAACACUGCAAAGCGUCCUGCCCCAUUGGCUGGAGGAUGUAGAAUAGAAGGUUUUGUGCGUGUAAAGAAGGUUCCUGGCAACCUUGUCAUCUCAGCGCAUUCAGGAGAACAUUCAUUUGAUGCUUCUCUAAUUAAUGUGUCACAUGUCAUCUCCCAUUUUUCAUUUGGUAGACAACUCACCCCCAAGCUGCUGACUGAAGUGAAGCGACUGACACCUUAUCUUGGUGAAAAUAUUGAUCAGUUGACAGGCCGAGCAUACAUUACUAAGCACGGUGAUGCAAAUGCAAAUGUUACCAUUGAGCAUUACCUUCAAAUAGUAAAGACUGAGGUCAUUUCAAGAAGACAUUCUCCUGUAAAUAAACUGCUUGAGUACGAGUACACAGCCCAAAGUAGUUUGGCGCAUAGUCCAAACAUACCGGUGGCAAAAUUCCAUUUCAUGCCCUCUGCUAUGCAGGUGCUAGUAACGGAGAACCAGAAGUCAUUUUCGCACUUCAUCACAAACGUCUGUGCUAUCAUUGGGGGCGUUUUCACAGUUGCCGGUAUAUUGGAUUCGAUAUUGCAUAAUACUCUCCGGCUGGUGAAGAAAGUUGAGUUGGGCAAACAGUUUUAAACGGGAAGGUGAGAUUUCAACAAUUGAGAACUGCUAAUUUUCCUCCCCCUUGUUGGGGGUCUGGUGGUUAUAAUUUGUAUUUUUUGUAGCCAAACCAACAAAGUUGUAAACUACAACAGUUUCUCAUAUAGAAAGAUUUCAAGUUCUGGAA